CAACCCUGAGAAAGCUGACUUUACACCCGACAAACUCCACCCUCCCCUUUCUCGGUUGGUUAUCGCUUUAAAUGAUCGCGUAUUUAAUAUUAAUGACGUCUUCUACUGGUUCCUAGGCGCGUCAAUCGUAAAGUAGUACUUCUCUAGGUUGGUUGACCCCACUUUUAUAUUAUAUGACUGGGACCAGGGCUGAAAGUAAAAAUGUUGCGGAUUCACAGCAAUGGGACGGGCUGAAUGGAGUCAACGUUGUUGAUUAGAAACUAUUAAAAAUCUGACCAAAAACAUCGGGGCUGUACCAAGGUUUUUUUCUAAAUACGGGACUCUCCGGUUCUUCCUGGAUCGCCAAACCCGCCGUUUCCACAUGCCUCCCUCUCCUCUAGACGACAGAAUAGUGGUGGCGUUGAGGCCGAUCCGACCGCAGGAACUGAAGCUCCGCCUGGACACCGCCCGCUACCUGGACUCCGUCUCCCACGGCAGCGGCCAGACGCUGAUCAGCACCACGGUGGUGGAGAUCCGGGCGACCGAGCUGAGUUAUAUGCCCUCGUCCAGCGGCUCGACCCGCUCCUUGUCCUGUGGCUGCAGCAGCGUCAGCUGCUGUGCGGUGAGCACGUACGAGAAGGGCGGGGCGGCGAGGGUGAGCGUGAGCAGCCCCAAUCUGAGCUCCGCCGUGUGCCUGCCCCCCGGCGCCCCCCCCAUGGUCAACAACAGCGAUGCCCUGACUCCGCCCCUCUCCGCGCCCCUGGCCCCGCCCGCCGUCCGGCCCCCCUCCCCCGUCCGGGUCAUCUACCCCAACGAGCUGGCGCGCAAGAUGACGCGCUCCUACAAGGGCCCCCAGCCGGGGCCGCCCGCGCCCGUCAUCAUCGACUGCCGCCCCUUCAUGGAGUACAACAAGUGCCACAUCCGCGGGGCGGUGCACAUCAACUGCUCGGACAAGAUCAGCCGGCGCCGGCUGCAGCAGGGCAAGAUCACGGUGCUGGACCUGCUGUCCUGCCGCGAGGGCCGGGACUCCUUCAAAGGGCUCUUCUCCAAAGACAUCGUGGUGUACGACGAGAGCACCAGCGAGCCCAGCCGGGCCGCGCCCUCCCAGGGAGCCCCCUCCCAGCCCCUGCAGGUCGUCCUGGAGUCGCUGCGGCGGGAAGGCAAGGACCCCAUCGUGCUGAAAGGAGGGCUGAGCAGUUUUCGGCAGAACCACGAGAACCUGUGCGAUAACUCGCUGCACCUGCAGGAGGCGCUGGACUCGGGCGGGGCCGCGGGGAUCUCUGGGGGCGGGGCGCCCCCGUCGCUGCCCUCCACGCCGGACAUCGAGAACGCGGAGCUGACGCCCAUCCUGCCCUUCCUGUUCCUGGGCAACGAGCAGGACGCGCAGGACCUGGAGCUGAUGCAGCGCCUGAACAUCGGCUACGUGCUGAACGUCACCACGCACCUGCCGCUCUUCCACUACGAGCGCGGCGCGCUCAGCUACAAGCGCCUGCCCGCCACCGACAGCAACAAGCAGAACCUGCGCCAGUACUUCGAGGAGGCCUUCGAGUUCAUCGAGGAAGCUCACCAGGCGGGGCAGGGCCUUCUGAUACACUGUCAGGCUGGCGUUUCGCGCUCCGCCACCAUUGUCAUCGCCUACCUGAUGAAGCACACCUGGAUGACCAUGACCGACGCCUACAAGUUCGUCAAGGCCAGGAGGCCCAUCAUCUCCCCCAACCUGAACUUCAUGGGACAGCUGCUGGAGUUCGAGGAGGACCUGAACAACGGCGUCACCCCCCGCAUCCUCAUCCCCAAACUGAUGGGACUGGAGACCAUAGUGUAAGAGGAGGAGGAGGAGGAGCGGACGGAGAUGAAGAUUUGGCUACCCCGUUGGGACAGGUCAGCCCCUGAGAUGGAGUGUUACACCAUGGGGCCUGAAACCCCCCCUCACCCCAGUCCUUUUUUUGGGACACGGGGGGGGGGGGGGGUGGCGUGUUGCCGUGUCGACAUGCUUGUGCAGCAGUGACGGCGACAGCAACCUGGAGGAUCUGAAGUUUUUGUUUUUUUCCUGGACUGUGCUGUACUCCCCAGUUUGUGCUUUUUGGGAGGGGCAAGUUUGGGCUGGUGAAUUAAAGGAGUGGAGUAAGGAGGGGUGUCUGGGGGGGGGGUGAAGAGAGCCUUCUACUCGCCCUCUGUGCAUCCGCUACUCAGAGAAUAUCACCUGGGAUACAGUUUGCACUGAAUUAAGUACGACACGUGGAUGCUUGGGUUUUUAUGAUGGCAGGCUGUUCUGUAAAGGUCGUAGGAAGAGUGAACACACACACGCACACGCUUGUGCACACAAACACACACAUGCACACAAGCUUGAGACAGAGAGAAAUCCCACAAACUAAUAGACUGACAGAAGAGCUGAGCACUUCCUCUUCUGUGCCGGGGAAGUUGUGUCUCCUGGACCGGCUCUCUGUCUCUGCGUCGGCCUGGCCUUGGGUGUGCUCAGGAGGGCUAACAUCACCAA